GUCAGUGGUGAGUGGAUCGGCACAAGAAUCGCACGCGAGUGCCUUGAAUCGAGUCAAGGAUAUAACAUACAUAUAUGUGAUAUUUAUUCGCGAAAUUAAUACACUUACUCGAACUACAUAUAUAUAUGGUAGUAGAGUGUAUAUAAAAAUGAGUGCGGUCCAUGUUGAACGGCAGCCGAAUCCAGUGACAAAGGCCAACUUUCUUUCAAAAUGGUUCUUUAUCUGGACCCGAGAGAUUCUCGUAAAGGGAAUGCAACGGAGUCUAGAUCCGUCGGAUCUCUACGCCCCCGAACCGAGUCUCGAGAGCACCCAGGUAUCCGCCUUCCUGCUCGGCCACUGGGAGCAGGAACUGAAACGCCCCAAGCCCAACGUCCUGCGUAUGAUAUUCAAAGCAUACGGCUGGAGUUUUGUGCCUGCGAGCAUAGUCUACUCCAUCAUGGCCAUUGCAGUGCACACAACGCAGCCUUUGAUGCUGGGCGGAUUGGUGUCCUUUUUCUCGGAGAGCACUGGAAAAAUCACUAAGCACUCAGCUUAUCUGUAUGCCAUGGGGGUGGUUCUGUGCUCCCUGAUCUCGGGACUUUUUUUUCAUCCCUUUAUGAAGUACCUGUUCCGAGUGGGUUCCCGCGUCCGGCUGGCCUGCGCCGGCCUCGUCUACCGGAAGUUCCUGCGGGUUUCGGUGGCGGCGGACAACAGCGGCGUGAGUGGCUAUGCCAUAUCCCUGAUGGCCACCGAUCUGCCGACCUUUAACGAGUCCUUCUACUGUUUCCACGAGCUGUGGCGAGGUCCGCUGGAGGGCGUGGUGUUCAUCUACAUCAUAUACCAACUGAUCGGCUGGCCGGCGGUUGUGGGUCUGGGCACCAUCGUGGCUUUUAUACCGCUCCAAGCUUGGGCCGCCCGCGCAAUAGCCCGGUACAAAAGAAGUUCUGCGGAUGUUGGAGACGAAAGAGUAAAGCUGAUGAACGAGAUUAUCGCAGCCAUGCAACUAAUCAAGAUGUACGCCUGGGAGAAGUCCUUUGCCAAACUUAUUGGAAAGGUGAGAAAGGAGGAGAUGGACUCUAUAAGGGGUUCAACCUACAUUUACGCGGGAUUGCAGUGCACUGGCAUGAUCUCCAAGCUAUCCCUCUUUCUUUCUUUGGUAACCUAUGUCUUCACGGGUGACAUUGUCACCUCCCAAAAGGUGUUUAUAGUUGCCAGUUAUUAUGAUCACCUGAAUGAUUCUCUGUUGCACUCCUGGCCUUUGGCCAUUAAUAUGUGGGUGGAGACCUUUGUGGUGGCCAACCGCGUGAAGGACUUCCUUUUCCAACACGAGAAUCCUGCUGACGGCGGAGUGCACAACUUCAAGGAGGCAGAGGAUAAUCCAGAGCAUGGCAACUUUUUUGGACGAACCCACAAACCCAAAGCUGAAGUCAAGAGUAUUACGGUCCAUAAACUCACCGCCAGUUGGGAUCAGACUAACCAGGAAAAGCGUCAUCGCCACAUCGAGGAUGUUAGUUUUCAGGCCACUGAUCAGCAGUUUGUGGGCAUCGUGGGAACAGUUGGUGCUGGAAAGAGUACUCUCCUCCAAGUAAUCCUGGGCGAGCUGGAUAUCAUUAGUGGCAAUGUGGACCUUAAUGGAGUUCUAAGCUAUGCCCCUCAGGAACCCUGGCUACUUCGGGGCAGUCUCCGCGAGAACAUCCUCUUUACGGAACCUUACGAUGAACAGCGAUAUCUAGAGGUCCUGCGAGUUUGUCACCUGGACAGGGAUGUGGAAGAGCUGCCAUCAGGUGAUAACACACGAGUGGGUGAAGGAGGUGCUAGCCUGAGUGGCGGUCAAAAAGCUAGGGUUAGCUUGGCUCGGGCUGUCUACAGGAAAGCAGAUAUCUACCUUCUGGACGAUCCGCUAUCCGCCGUUGACUCCCAUGUAAGCAAAAUGCUACUAGAUCGAUGUCUGAACGAGUUUCUGUCAAAGAAAAUCCGUAUCCUGGUCACCCAUCGAGUUCAACUGCUCAGACAUGUAGAUCAUUUGGUCCUGCUAGAAGGUGGGCGUAUCUCGAUCCAGGGGCAUUACGAUAACUUAAAGAAGUUAAUAAGAUUCAGGAUGUCGGUGGCCAAUGACGUCGAAGUGGCCAAAUUGCGGGCCAUGCGAACGGAUAGUGUUUAUGAGGAACCGGAACCAAGGAAAUCGCUGUCCCAGGAGGAGCACCUCGAUCGGGACCAGAUAGAGCAGCAGUUCAAGGAGCAACAGCAAAGGGGAUCCGUUAAACUGAAUACCUACAAGGAGUACUUCAGAGUUCUGGGCCAUCCUUUGGUUGUGGUAAUGAUCCUGAUGAUGUUCGUUGUAGCUCGUGCCUCGGAGGCGACCAUGGAUAUAUUUCUUUCCAAAUGGGCAACUUGGGAGGAAACGGAACCUAAUCAGCACGAACCUAUUCCGGAGUAUCAUAGAACGCGGUUGCGAAUGAUGGUCCUCUACACAUUCCUAAUUCUUUGCACCCUCAUCUUCUAUGUCCUCCGUACCUUUGGCUUUUUUAUGAUGACCCUGAGGAUAUCACUGCGCAUCCAUAUUCAACUCUUCCAAGGGGUUAUCCGAGCCUUCAUGCACUUCUUUACUCUGGCCACCUCUGGCAGGAUCUUAAAUCGUUUCUCCAGCGAUAUCUUGGCUAUUGAUGUGAAUUUACCCCAGGCGCUGAUGGACUCCAUUGAGUUUGUUGUGAAUGCCUUGGCUGUGCUUGCGGUGGUCAGUACGGCCAACACCUGGCUCCUCAUUCCGGCCAUCGUGGUGGUGGCUUUGUUGUACGGAUGUCGGUGUCUUUAUAUAGGAGCUAGCCGGAGUUUAAAGCGCAUAGAGACUAUAUCCCGCAGUCCCAUUUACUCUCACACAAAUGCCACUUUUAAGGGUCUUGCCACCAUCCGUGCUCUGAAUGGCACAAAAUACAUGGAGCGGGACUUCCAUUACUACCAGAACGAGAACACCUCGGCCUUGUACCUCCACGUGAGCAUUAACCGGGCGUUUGCCUUCUGGACCGAUCUCAUCUGCGUGCUGUACAUCCUGGCAGUGACGUUCAGCUUCCUGCUCUUCGAUCGGCAUCGAGGAUACUACAGUGGAGAUGUGGGUCUGGCCAUCACGCAGUCCAUGAAACUGGUGCUGAUGUGUCAGGCGGGAAUGCGGCAGACUGUGGAGCUGGAGAACAUGAUGACCAGCGUGGAGCGGGUGAUGGAGUAUGUGAAUAUACCAUCGGAACCUGCCUACGAAACGGAGGAGUCGGUUAACCUGCCCAAGCAAUGGCCCAGUGGAGGUCAGCUAGAUUUCCGGGAUCUCCGCCUGCGGUACAGUGAUCACGGUCCGUACAUCCUCAAGGGUCUCAACUUCACGAUACGUGCUGAGGAGAAGAUUGGCAUAGUGGGUCACACGGCUGCGGGGAAGUCAUCCAUUGUUCAGGCCCUCUUUCGGUUGGCUCACAUUGAUGGACACAUUGCCAUCGAUGGCUUCGAGACAUCCGACUUGGGCCUGCACGAUCUGAGGCGGAGGAUCUCGAUUAUACCCCAGGAUCCGGUGCUCUUCUCGGGCUCUCUCCGCUUCAACCUCGAUCCCUUCGAGGAGAAGACGGACGAGGAACUCUGGCUGGCCCUGGAGGCCGUCAAGCUCAAGGAAUUCGUAUCGAAUCUGAAGGAGGGCAUCUGCUGUCGCCUCCACGAUUCCGGGGCCAAUUUCAGCAUGGGCCAGAGGCAGCUAGUCUGCCUGGCCAGAGCUAUCCUGCGCCAGAACAAAAUACUCAUCAUGGACGAGGCAACGGCCAAUGUGGAUCCCGAGACCGACAAUCUCAUCCAGGAGGCUAUCCACACCAAGUUCGCCCACUGCACCGUCCUGACCAUAGCCCACCGACUGCACACCGUGAUGGACAACGACCGGGUGAUGGUGGUGGACAUGGGCCGCGUGGUGGAGCUGGGGCAUCCGCACGAGCUGCUGCACAAUCGACACGGUUAUCUGCACCGAUUUGUGGAGAAGACGGGCGUUGGCACCGCCCAGCACUUGCGGCACCUGGCGGAGCAGAGCUACCGGAAGAGGGUGCUGGGCAGGAGGUCGGAGGAUCAGGGAUCGGUGCUCGAUCUGGGGUACAAGGGGACGACCCUGUGA